CGCUUCAGUCGGGGAAUUUUCGCCUUGCUCUUGAUGGUGAUACGGCAUUAUUAUCACUUCCAAUGUCAUAAAUAAUGUUGUGGGAACGAUUCUCCAAGGAUUUAAUGCAAAUUUGUCCCAGCACACAAAAGUAUCCAUGGACCAGGUGGGCACUCUAGCCACCAGUAGCUAGUAGAAGCACGGAACAACAUCCACUCACAACAAAAUCACAAGGCAAGGCGUCAUUGCUUUUCAUACAUCUUAUCUUUGUUAUUGGUGCUGCUGUCCCAACUCCACAGUUAGGCUGAGAAAAUAGAAUGUCAGAAACAGGUUUUGCCAUGCCAUUCAUUGGGUACCAUUGUUCCUUCUAUUGGUACAUGAACUCACUACAUGUACUGCAGACUCCUUGUGACAACGAUGUCAUUCUGGGACGUGGGGGAAAGAAGCACAAACACGGAGGCAAUGUUCAGCUUCAAAAUAUGGCCCUGGAAAUGGCUUGUCAGUACAUGAAAGCCAGCAAGUUGGAAAAGGGAAGAAUUGCAGAACAUUUGGUCCAUCGGGUGCAUCAGUACGGAGGCCGCUUUAUGGAGCAAACCGUGGAGAAUGGUCCAUGGCAAGUGGUGAGUUUUGACAAAGCAAAGGCCAAGGCACGCGAUGUCCUCCACAGCAUCUUAGUGGAUCCCAACAAACAAUUGAGGGGCCGUAUUCAAACCUUUUCCGUAGAUGGCAAUCCUUUUGCCGGGUUGGAAGAUGGAACUUGGACCCAUCUGGAUGAGGGCAUGGGUGGCGAUGCAUAUACUACAAGUGCUACCUGCAAUGACAACAAUGCCGUCAUGGAGAGUGACAGUUAUGCAACACAUGACAUGGAAUUCCCCGAUUUUGAAGCUUUGGAAUUCCCCGAUUUUGAAGCUGUGGAUGAUUUGGAAAUGUAUGCUUCUUCUCUUUUCGGAGCAUGGUGAUAUUGGUUUUCUCGUGUUUUCGGUACAUGUACAUGUAACUCGUGAAGUAGUUCUAAUUGUUGUAAAGAUUGAUAUUGCAUACGAGGU